CUUCUGAAUUGUCUGUAUGCCGCGAAAACAAUUUAUUGCACAUGUUCAUUUUUUCUUAAUCGGUGUGCAUGAUUAUGUGCACCUGCAAAAUAAUUAUUAGUUUCAUGACUAUCUCUUGCUCGUACUCAAAUAUUAAAGACACAUUGAAGUUUGGUGUCAUAAACCAGGGCUGUCUGAAACCUGUAUUCUUCCAUCCUAAAACUGUGGAUGUUUAUUCACUUGUAAUUUCCCAGACAAACCAUAAUAAAAUACGUUCUGUGCAUAAGCGGUUCUUAUAGAUGUUUGUCCCUCGAUUUUCUUUGUAUGGUGAUGCAACUUUUGCCCUGAAGAUUUAGACAUUCCGUCAUUUGCUGUUUAUUUAGAGAUCUAUAUAACUAGAAUGUGCACUAACUUCCCCACUUUAAAAAAUGACAACAUCAUAAGAGCUGCUAAAGGUGAAUCUGUUUCUCGCUUACCUGUAUGGAUAAUGCGCCAAGCUGGUCGUUAUUUACCUGAGUUCCGUGAACUACGUGAAAAACACGAUUUCUUUGAGAUUUGUCGUACUCCAGAACUUGCAUGUACUGUAACCCUGCAACCUAUACAUCGUUUCGAUCUUGAUGGCGCGAUUAUAUUUUCGGAUAUAUUAGUCAUACCUCAAGCUCUUGGUAUGGAAGUCAAAAUGCAACCUGGUGUCGGACCUAAGUUUACUGAACCGUUAAAUUCACCAAAAGACCUAGAUCGCCUAAAUGCUCAAGUUGAUGUACGAAAAGAAUUAAACUAUGUUUAUAAAUCAAUAACUCUAACACGCCAUCGAUUAGAAGGAAAGGUCCCAUUAAUCGGAUUUGCUGGUGCUCCUUGGACUCUAAUGUCUUAUAUGAUCGAAGGAGGAAGUUCGAAUACUUAUUCCAAAGCCAAAAGAUGGUUAUAUACUGAACCUCAAUCAAGUCAUAUAUUACUUCGUCUACUUACUAAGAUAAUUGUGGAGCAUUUGAUUCAACAGGUCCUAUCUGGUGCACAGUUACUUCAAGUUUUCGAAUCUCAUGCUGGAUUUCUUAGUCCACACUUAUUUGAUACAUUUUGUUUACCAUAUUUGAAAGAAAUUGCAAAUCAAGUACGAAACCGUUUGUUAAAUGAAUAUAAUAUUCCUAGAGAUUCUAUUCCACCACUUAUUGUAUUUGCUAAAGAUGGUCAUUAUGCUCUAACUGAACUAUCUAAAGCUGAUUAUGAUGUUAUCAGCCUAGAUUGGACUAUAUCUCCUAGAUUAGCUCGAAAUAUUGUAGGUUCUAAUAUUACAUUACAAGGUAAUUUAGAUCCAUGUGCAUUGUAUUCUAGUGAGGAGGAAAUUUCAAAUUUAGUCAAAGAAAUGAUUAACAAUUUCAGUGUACAUCGUUAUAUUGUCAAUUUGGGUCAUGGCAUUUAUCCUGAUGUUGAUCCAGAUAAAGUAAAUAAAUUUGUUAAUUUAGUGCAUCAAUUAUCCAAUCCAAUGCUGAACAAUUAAUUAAUUACAAUGUGUAACGAGGAUGUAAUUCUUUGGUAAUUUUUAUAGAAUAUCAGUCAAAUGAAUUAUUUAUUUCUCUACAUUUGUACAACCUUUUACUUCAAUGAGUUUAUUAUUAUUAUUAUU